AUGAAUAAUUCAGUCUAAAAUAUUCGAAGACCUGUAACAUCCUAAAAUUAUAGAUCAAUAGAUAAGUUAGGAAAUAAUAGCUAACAAAAAUUACCUAAUUUAAGUGAUGUGAUGAAUCUUAAACUAAAAUAAUAAAGUGAAAAAGAGUUGCAGGAAUUGAUUUAAAAAUUAGUGAAAUAAGUUUAAUAACUUAAUUCAGCAGUCAUCUAAAAAGAUAAAUAAAUUUAACAAUAUGAAUUCAUGAUUAAAUCUCUUUAAAUUGCAAUAGAAAAAAGAGAUUGUAUUAUUAGUGCAUUAAGAGUUGAAAAAUAAUAAAUAGUUGAGGUUGUGAAUCCAUUAAAACUUAUGGUAAAGACUGAUGAUUCAUCAAGAACUCCUAGUUUAGGUCCUAAGAAAUCAUUGAGGACAAGAACAAAAGACACUAAUUUUGAUGAGAAUCUCUCUGUUAUUCUUGAUUCUGACUAUGGUAUAUAUAUAUAAAUUAAUUUGAGCCUUGUUAAGUUAAUAUGUAAAAUGUUAUGAAGAAUUAAAUCAUUUAACAUAAAUUAAGAAUUUAGUUUCUAAUGAAGAUUAAUUUUUUGCUAACAUAUAGAAAAUGGAAUUGAGUAAUAUAGUUCACAUUUUUGAUGCAAUUUAAUUAGUAUUAUAAGAACAUAAACUAUUGUUUAAAAAUGUAAUUAAGUAAAAUAAACUAUUUGAUGCUUGUUUAUAGAUAUAUGAAGUAUUUGUUUAAAUUUAAUUAGUAAAUUCCAUUAAAUGAUUAAUUAGAAAGUUUGUAAGCAUUAUUAAGAGAUUCAUUAAAUUGUGAUAAGGUUCAAAUAUAUGUAUUAGACAGUGAACAUUAAGAAUUAUGGACUAAAACUAAAGAUAGAGUAUUGAGAAUUUAAGCAAAUGAAGACAUAAUUGGAGCAUGUUUUUAAGAAAGAGGAUUAAUUAAUAUACAUAAUGCAUAUAAUGAUCCUAGAUUUAAAAAAGAAAAUGAUAAAGGAUAUAAAACUAAUACUAUAUUAUUAUGUCCAAUUUUAGAUAAAUAAUAAAAUUCUAUUGGAGUUAUUAUGGGAGUUAAUAAAUUAAUUGGACAUUUUAAUAAUGAUGAUCAAUUAUUUAUUUCCAAGACAUCAGAAAUGAUAUCAAUAUUAUUAAGAAAUCAUCAAUAAUCUAGUGAAUCUAUUAGUAUUUAAAAUGCAUUAAGAAAUAUAAUACAUGUAAUAAAUUUAUUAUUAUUCAUAUUAGGCUUAAUUAUAAUUAGUAUAUAUGAAUGAUGCAGAAUAAAUAUUAUUUGAAGCUGAAAACUUAUUAAAGAAUUUAUUUCAUACAUAAAAAGGUUUAGUUUAUGUUGUUAAUAAUAAUCGAUUAUUAAGAGUUAAUGAAAAGAAAUUACUAGAAGUAUCAUAAUUAGGAAUUGGAAUUGUAGGUGAAGCACAUAAAGUCAAAGAGUUUUUAUGGGUUUAAAAUGCUUAUAAUCAUUAAUCAUUUAAUAAUUUAGGUUUUUUACUUAUUAUAUUAUAUUUAAGUUGAUAUUCAAACUACUAUGCCAAUCUACUGUUUUGAAAUUGAAGGAAAAAAUUAAUCAGUGAUUUUAUAAGUUAUAAAUAAUAAAGGAAUUAGAUCAUAGAAGGUUAGUUCAUUUGAUUAGGAAUUAUUAGAAAUGUUCGGAAAAAUUAUAUUGAGUAAAAUUGAUUUUUUAUAAUUAUGA